UGCUGUAUUUGUAAAGAGAAAGCUAUAUUUGAUGACGAGAAUGUGAUCAUGAACUACAAGUGAUCAAAAAAGUAUCAUUGUUAUCAUAAAAGCUGCCUUAAAAGCAAUGUUACUAAUGCCCUCUUGUCAAGCGUAAAUCCAACUAAGUGAGAUGCUACUAAUUGUAAGGCCUAUCUUGAACAAGUAAGCUCUGCAAAGUAAAACUUUAGCUGUUAGGAAUAUCCUUGAUCCUGAGCAUGUCCCUCUCCAUUCGAUAGUCCAAAUGAAUCAAAGCUUGUAUCAAAGUAGCAUCCUGUACUAUUGCUCCAAAUGUGAUAUAAUUAAGGUAAUCAGAAAGACCAGAAGACUACCAAACCUGACAAACAUCAGCAUUGAUUGUCAUAAAGAAAUGUAUGAUCUAAGAGACGUCUGGAGAAUGAACAAUGACAAGAACCUGACUGAAAAUUCAAGAAAUUACAAGUCAAUAGCUGAGCAGUACCUUCCUAGCCCGAACAACUCGCCAAAAUUUUCAGGCGAAGAACUCCCUAACUUUCUCAAGAAAGCAAUGAAAAAGGUUGAGACUACCUGCGUCAAGUGCACCAAUUGCAAUAAAUGGAAAAUUAAAGAUUAUCGUCUAAGAUGCAAUUGCAAAAUGCAAACGAAGAUGAUUUUACAUCCAUAUUUGGACUAAAAGAGUCAAAAAGUUCUAAGGAACACCCCAAGGGAGCUCAGAGACACUCUAUGUCUCUAGAUGAGCCCCCUGUUCCCUCCACUGGGAACAAAGACAUUUAAUAACUUUUUACGUAUUU